GGUUACCCGGAUGAAGAACGCACGUGAGUUGAGCUUAGCGGCUCUACUUCUUUAAUCAUUCAGUCUGCUGAACUGACGGGCACCAGUUUCUCUCUAUUCACCUCCAGAUCACUGUUUAAAAUGCUGCGUUUACCCAGUGUGAUGAGACAGAUGAGGCCAGUGUGCAGGGCGCUGGCCCCACACCUGACCCGUGCAUAUGCCAAGGAUGUCAAGUUUGGAGCUGAGGCUCGGGCCCUCAUGCUCCAGGGUGUUGACCUAUUGGCUGAUGCUGUGGCUGUUACCAUGGGACCAAAGGGUCGCACCGUUAUCAUUGAGCAGAGUUGGGGAAGCCCCAAAGUCACCAAAGAUGGUGUCACAGUGGCCAAAAGUAUCGAACUGAAGGAUAAAUACAAAAAUAUUGGGGCCAAGCUAGUACAGGAUGUGGCCAACAACACUAAUGAGGAGGCUGGAGACGGCACCACAGCUGCCACAGUGCUGGCCCGUGCUAUUGCCAAGGAGGGAUUUGACACCAUCAUCAAAGGUGCCAACCCUGUGGAGAUCCGUAAAGGAGUCAUGAUGGCAGUAGAAGCAGUCAUCAAUGAACUCAAGAAACUCUCUAAGCCGGUCACAACACCAGAGGAAAUUGCUCAGGUGGCCACAAUAUCUGCCAAUGGUGACACUGAGGUUGGUACCAUCAUCUCCAAUGCCAUGAAGAAAGUAGGACGCAAAGGUGUUAUUACAGUAAAGGAUGGUAAGACCCUUCAUGAUGAGCUUGAGAUAAUUGAGGGAAUGAAGUUUGACCGUGGCUACAUUUCUCCUUACUUCAUCAAUACUGCUAAAGGCCAAAAGUGUGAGUUCCAGGAUGCUUAUCUGCUUCUGAGUGAGAAGAAGAUCUCCAGUGUACAGAGCAUCGUGCCAGCACUGGAAAUCGCCAACCAGCAUCGCAAGCCUUUGGUCAUCGUGGCUGAAGACGUGGACGGAGAGGCACUUAGCACUUUGGUCCUCAACAGGUUAAAGGUUGGCCUGCAGGUUGUUGCAGUCAAGGCUCCAGGAUUUGGGGACAACCGAAAGAACCAGCUGCAAGAUAUGGCAAUUUCCACUGGAGGCACGGUGUUUGGUGAUGAGUCUAUGAGCCUAGCCCUUGAGGAUAUCCAGGCACAUGACUUUGGUAAGGUUGGCGAGGUCAUCGUGACAAAGGAUGACACGAUGCUCCUCAAAGGCCGUGGUGAUUCAUCAGCUAUUGAGAAACGUAUGACCGAGAUUGCCGAACAGCUGGAGAGCACAAACAGUGACUACGAGAAGGAGAAACUCAACGAGCGUCUUGCCAAACUCUCUGAUGGAGUGGCUGUGAUUAAGGUUGGAGGAACAAGUGAUUUUGAAGUUAAUGAGAAGAAAGAUCGUGUCACGGAUGCUCUGAAUGCCACUCGUGCUGCUGUGGAGGAGGGAAUUGUUCCUGGAGGAGGCUGUGCCCUCCUACGCUGCAUCCCAGCCCUGGAUGACGUCAAGCCUGCCAAUGCUGAUCAGAAAAUUGGUAUUGACAUUAUUCGCAAAACUUUGCAUAUUCCUGCUAUGACCAUUGCCAAGAAUGCAGGAGUUGAGGGCUCUCUGGUGGUAGAGAAGAUCUUGCAAAGUGCUCCAGAGAUUGGAUAUGACGCUCUGCUUGGAGAAUAUGUCAACAUGGUCGAGAGAGGAAUUAUUGACCCCACAAAGGUUGUCAGGACAGCAUUAUUAGAUGCUGCAGGUGUUGCGUCUCUACUGUCUACGGUGGAGGUUGUUGUCACUGAGAUGCCCAAGGAGGAGAAGGAAAUGCCAGGUGGAGGAAUGGGCGGCAUGGGUGGCAUGGGAUUCUAAACCAUGCGGAACUGAUUUAAGUCGAAGGGUUGUGGGCAGGAGACAUGAUAUGCCCCUUCCCUUUGACUUGGAAAACUCUGCCUAAACCGUGCCGGUGGUCUUAACAUGGAGCAAAGAAAUGGACUUGAAAGUCUCCCUUCCACCACUAUGUCUGAUCUUAUCUCUUUGUUCGUAACUGAAGACAUGACUCUACUAUAAAGACAAUUUCUUCUCUAAUAAUGUGACCAGGGGGUGUCUGUCUGCCUGCUUUGUUCUUUGACAUUGUGCUUUGUUUCCAUCCAGUCAUCAAAAACGCCUAAUAGGAAAGUGCAUUUAAUAUGUCCUUGCAUAUUUUUAUGCUAUUGUGUUGUUUGUAUGCCUCUGUACAUAUAGCUGUUUCUGAACCAGACCAUCUGUAGGGGCUUUCAAAUCAAGUCAUCUAGGUAAUAAUCUGCUUUCGUGAGCUUUGACCAGUUGUAUUUAAAAAUGUAUUUUCAUUGAUCAGUUGAAAAUGUUGUACUGUUAAUUAUUUUGUAUAAAAAUAAACAUCUUUCAGUAAAACAGCACAUUACUAAUUGAAAUAAUUUUUGGCAAAUCUAGACAAGCCCUUUUCCAGCAGCCAUCACUCACACCUUAUCCUUGAGUAAUCGUGCUAAAUUGAUAAUUUGGUACUAGAAAGUCACUUGCCAUUAUAUCAAACACGCCUGAAAGCUAUUUGGUUUGUUAAAUGAAGCUUAACAUUGUAUUUGUUUUUGAGUUGCCACAGUAUGCAAUAGACUGGCAUGUUAGGUCAAAAAUGGCAAAAAAAAAAAAAAAAAAACAACCUUCUCUAGAAAAUUGUCAGUCAAUCAUUGUUUUGAGGAAUGAAGGCUAUACAAUGCUUGAAAUUGCCAUAAAAAAAGAUUUCAUACCAGGUUUAUUAAUGUCCUGACUUUACAUUGUGAUCAGUUGAAUGCCACUUGUGAAUAAAAAUAGCAAUUUCUUUCCAUAA